AUGCACCGGCUACGGGCCGCCGCUCUGGCCGCCUUGGCUAUUCUCGUGACUUCCGCGCCCGUAUCAGCCACUGUUGUUUCCUCUGCACUCGCCGACACAUACGCCGACGAUUACUACGCUGACUACAGUUUCGCCGGCGCGUUUGACUACCUGAAUGAACAGGAUGUGGUUCAGUCCAAGCACGGUGUGACUGUGCCGGUGGGCGGCCGGCACGCGCUGGACCCUGUCACCGAGCUGUCUCUGUGGGUACCGCCUGAUGAUCGGUGUCGGGUGCGAGUGAUAUCCCCACCGGCCGGCCGCGCGCCGGGCCGUCUCGAGCCGGACGAGUUUGAUUGUGAGUUCGAUGCCGGUGAGGUGGUGUACACCCACUAUGGCGCGCCGCUGCCUGAGAGAGACCGGUUGACGCUGCUAGUGAGGUAUGACUCGGCUGAGGAUACGGCUAUCGUACCGCUGACUCUGGAGCUGAGUUUCACCCCUGCCGAGCGUACUAUCGUGCGUGAGCUGCUGCCACUGCUGGUGGACGCGCCCGGCGGUCUCUCGCCGCCCCUCGGACCACAGCACGUACGGCUGGAGGUCGGGGACGGCGAGCGGUGUGAACUGACCCUAGUGGAGGGGCUCGGUCUGCCGCGGCACGGCGCGGUGGUCACUCAGCUCGGUGACGUCCGGCGAGUGAGCUGUGACGAUCUGUCCGCCGCCGGGAUCCAGUACCGACACGGUGGGCCGACGGCCGGAGACCAUGACUUCCUACCGCUGGCGGCGGAGGCGCGCGCCACCGACGGGCGUCUCCUGCGCCGGGAGUACCUGCAGGUACCGAUCCACAUCGACGGCGGACUGGAGAACACCCCUCCGCGGCUGACCGGCGCCGCUCAGCCAACACUGGACGUGAGACAGAGUGCGCCGACGCCGCUGAGCGCCGCGGCACUGCGAGCCGAGGACGACCAGACGCCACCCGAUCAGCUAGUGUUCAAUGUGACCCGUCCCCUCGGCUACGGAGACGGAAGGUUGUUUUCUACCGACGACCCGGAUGCGCCUCUGCUCUCGUUCCUACAGCGUGACCUGACCGAGCUAAAGGUGAGCUAUCAGCCUCCGAGUGGACGCUCGCCGCGCCGGCGCACCUUUCAACUGGGCCUACAGGUGGUCGAUGGAGACGGACUCGCCUCUGAAGAGGUCACUCUGAGCAUUGUCGUGCAUCCGAUUAAUACACGCUCGCCGGUGGUCACCCGAAAUACUGGUCUGUCCAUGUUCGAGGGACAGAGCCGGCGUCUGCUGAGCGCGACUAAUCUGGAGAUUACUGACGAGGAUAAUCUGGCUGAUGUGACGGUGGAGGUGAUGGGCGGACUGCGGCACGGCCGGCUGCUGCUGCUCGGCGCUGAGGUCGUCCGAUUCUCCCCGGCUGACCUAGACACGGGGCUGAUUGUGUACCAGCACGACGGAAGCGACACGACGAGUGAUAAUGUCCUGCUGCGCGCCUCUGAUGGGGAGAGUGAGGUACUGUUCGUUCUGGCCGUCGCCAUAUUCCCCGAGGACGACCAGCCGCCGCUGGUGACGGCCAACACUGGUCUGACGGUCCACCGCGGACAGCAGCUGCUGCUGACGCCCCGGCUGCUGGCAGCUGCUGAUGUGGAUAGCCCCGAGCGGCAGCUGGUGUUUGAACUGACAGAGAUGUCGUCGGACGGCGGGGAGGGUGUGUUUCUGCUGAGAAGUGUCACCAAGGACGGCGCUGUUGGGAGCUCCGACUGGCGGCUAGUGGAUGGAAUGUAUGAACGCACCGUCACCUCCUGGAGUCAGGCUGAUCUGCAGGACGGCCGCGUCUACUAUCGACACACCGGCCCGCCACGACAGGACGCACACACGGCACUCGUGGGCUUCACCGUCCGCGACGACGCCGAACCGCCGAACCGUAGCUCGCCGCAGACUCUAACCGUGACUGUCCUACCGGUGGAUGACACGCCGCCGGCACUGACCCCCGGCGCCUCCCUCUCCAUGGUGGUGGAUGAGGGUCGUCUGAAGCCCAUCGACCGCGCCGCGCUCAGCUACUGGGACGCAGACUCUCCGCCGGACCGGGUGUUUUUGGUCGUUACAGGCCCGGCUCGUGAGGUGGACGGCGUACGCCCGCCCCCGGCCCCGGGCGCCGCACCCGCCCCGCCCGCUGGCUACCUCGUCCACACCGAGAGGCCCGAGCAGCGCGUCACCAACUUCACACAGGCGCAGGUGAACCAUCAUAAGGUGGCGUUUCGACCGACCGAGGCGGAGCUCGGUUUGGUACCGCGCGUACUUCAGUUACCGUUCAUCGUGACAGACUCUGCCGGUAAUACGCUCCGUGACCAACUCCUAACCGUGUUUGUCACACCCGUCGACGAUCUGCCGCCUCGUGUCACCAGUCACGGUCUGAGUGUGCCUGAGAACGGCGCGGCCGUCAUCUCACCAGCGCUGUUAGACGCACACGACGAAGAUACACCGGAGGAGGAGCUACGAUUUACUCUGACGGCCGGUCCACGGCACGGCGCUCUUAGCGUUCACGGACGAAAUACCACAAUCGGCGAGCAGUUCGGUCGGCGCAGUCUGGUUACCGGAGAGGUGGUAUACCUGCACGACGGCUCUGAGGGCUCCGAGGACCGGCUGGAGUUUGAAGUCUCUGACGGCAUCCGCAGCGUGCCGGCUGUGUUUCCGAUAACGGUGACGGCCGUGGACGACCAGCCGCCGCGGGCGCUGACGGGAGAGAUCAGGAUUGCUGUACAGGAGGAUGGGAGUACGGCGCUGACGGCUGAGCUGCUGCCGACUGCUGACGCUGAUUCAGACCGCUCGCUGCUGACAUUCCUGAUCACAGACCGACCGACGGAGGGAGCGGUUACUCUAGACAGUGAGGAGACUGACCGAUUCACGGCCACUGACCUGGACCGCGGCGCCGUGGUGUACCGACACAACGGAGCAGAGAUCGGGCCUCUGCCUGUGUUAGACACCUUCUCCCUGACUCUGACCGACCUGAGCAGUGAAGCCUCCGACCACAUCACCGUCUCCGUCACCGUGGAGCCGGUGGACAGCCAGCGCCCGCAGCUGGUGGCCGCCGACGGGGCGCUGUAUGUCGACGAGGGCUCGUCGGCACCACUGCCGGCCGAGCUGCUAACUCUCACGGACCCCGACACGCCGACAGAUCGACUCAGCUGUGUGCUGACAGAGCGGCCGCGGUUUGGUUACCUGGAGAGCAGCUUGCCGCCGGUGGGCUCGGAAGUACGUCGUGCUGGUGCGGUCACUGCAUUCACGGCCGGUGAGCUGGAGGUGGGUGCUCUGCGUUAUAUGCAAUCUAUCCACCAAGGUGUGGAGCCACGAGCGGACAAUCUGACAGUAAUCUGUUCGGACGGCGUGGGUCCAUCGCCACCGGCUACUGUCCGAGUCAUUAUCCGUCCUAGCAACGACGAGCCGCCGCGGCCGCUGCUGCGUGAACUGGUCGUACUCGAAGGAGGUGACCUGGUGAUCGACUCGACCCUACUGUCGGCUGCCGAUGCUGACCUGCCGGCCGACCAGCUGACCUUUCAGGUCACCGCACCGCCGCAGCACGGCAGGCUGGUGUUACACGGAGAGCCAGCCCGCUUCUUCACCGCAGACGAGCUGCGCGGACAGAUGGCGCUGGUAUACUCACACGACAACUCCGAGACGAUUUCUGACGGGUUUGAAUUCCGACUGGAGGACGGCCAUGCCGCUCACGCGGUCGAGGGACGCGUCACCGUGCGAGUGGUGCCUGUUGAUGAUGAAGUGCCCACUCUGGCGGUCAACCGUGGCCUGCGCGUGUCUGUGGGAGGCUCGGUAACGCUCUCAUCUCGUGAGCUGCGCGCCGCUGACCUGGACACUCCGGUAGAGCGGCGGCUGUUCGUGAUACGCACCCCACCGCGGCACGGUACGCUCAGUCUGGCCGGCGUAGCGCUCGGAGUCGGUGACAACUUCACCCAGCCGCAGCUGGACUCCUCCGCGCUACGUUACACGCACGCCGGCGGCGACACAUCAGCCGAGGACACGAUUCGCUUCGACGUCAGUGACGGCACGAACCUGCUGCUGGACCGACAGCUGACGGUGUCGGUAACCGGUGGCGACCGGGCGUACCCUCGCGCGCUGAGCCGCGGCCUGCAGCUGCCCGAGGGCGGCACGGCCGUGCUCACCACGGACGUACUCAGCAGCAGCGACGACGACAGUGACGACGCGCGGCUCGAGUACCGGCUGACGCGGCCUCCGCAGAGGGGUCACCUGGAGCUGGCCGGCAGCCCGGGACAGCCGCUGACCGGCUUCACGCAGCUGCAGCUGGCUGCGGGACGGGUGCGCUACGUCCACCACGCCCAGCACGAGGAGAGAGCCGACAGCUUCGAGUUUGCCGUUAGUGACGGGGUGCACGCCGUGGCGAGGGCGUUUCGUAUCUCUCUGCUGCCCGUGGAUAACAAACGCCCGGUGCUGUUCAAGGAAGAAGUUCGAGUACCCGAAGGCUCCGAGCGGACGAUCACCCCAUUCGAGCUGAAGCUUGACGACCGCGACACCCCGUCGGAGCAUCUUCUGUACCGCGUGGUCGAGCCGCCGCUUCACGGUCGCCUGCUGUUCAACCACAGCCGACCUGUGAGGGAAUUCAGCCAGCACGACCUCGACUCCAACAUGAUCUCUUACCGACACAGUGGCGGCGGCUCCGACGGACACCGGGCCCUCUCCGAUCGGUUCCGGUUCGUGGUGUCUGACGGGGCCGACGGAAUGUACUACGUUUAUCCAGAGACGGCGCGAGGUACCCGGCUGCCCACCCAGCUGGAUAUCCGGGUGCUCGCUGUGGACUCCCGCCCGCCCGCGGUACAGGUGUCACGGGCGGUGACGGCUCUGCACGUGCUGCCCGGCGGCCGGCGGGGUGUUCGACUGGGCUCGACACACCUCCAGUUCAGCGACCCGGACUCGGAGGGCGAGCAGCUGAUGAUGGAGGUGACGGCAGGACCGGAGAGCGGCGUCCUGGUCGACCUCAUCACCAACCAGACCGUCACCAACUUCACACAGGGUGAGAGACACAACGGCCGCGGCGGCGGAACGUAG